CUCACUUCCGCCCCACCUCUCACCACGAAUCAGUUUACUGUUUACUAGGUAACUAGAUAUUACUUGCGAGGAAACCAUCUAUCAGUACCCAUAUUGAUAUCCAAACAUCUUGUUGAUGAAGAUGUUGCCUGGUGUCUUAUACAGCUGCUUUCAAAUCACCAGCAACCCCAGUGACCAGCCCUGCUCGGAGAGAGAAGAGGAGAUUUUAACAAGACUUUAUCAAAUUAGGAGCACGAUUCUCAGAAUGCUGGGUUUACUAGAGCGACCCAUUCCUGCGAACCAUAAAAGAAUUCGAUGGCAAGAUUCAAGCGGCAGAUGGCUCUAUGACGACUAUGUGGAACUCGAACCGGGUGCCUUGGAUGCUUUGAAAGAGCGCCUAGAUCAAUCGACAUAUGACAGGAAUGAUGCCCCUGGGGGCAUCGGGCGCUACGUACUUUCUCACAUUUCCAAUAUUUUCCGCCACAAUUUCGGUCUAGUCUCAUCCCAAGCCUCAUAUCCUCGAGGCACUGUCGAUGAGCUGGACAACACUGGCGGAAAUUUCGGGGUUCAAGAUGUUACUCUCGACAUGGAGCCUGCUGGAUCGCCAAAUAGCAUUCUUCACCUGUUCAUGUGCCUGGAAAGGGGGUGGUACCAUGUCCAACUUCACCAAGAGGCUCUACCACUUGUCAUGGAUAACAGACAGUUGUUUCAAGCUUUGCAACGCAUUUAUGACGGGCAUAAAACGGGAUUCGGCUCAUUCUGGUAUCUGAGACGAGUCGUCAGCAUCCGGUUUGUCAAAUUUCUGUAUUGUGACGAUGGGUGUCUUGACAUCCGAGACCACGGGGAGAUCUGCGAAAUCGGAAUACCCUGUAGAUGCAUACCAGCGAUUGACACUGCAGACCCAAAUCCAGAAUAUCGAUACUACCCGAUACCACCCAAGCUCGCGCCGCCUAUCGGAUCCAAUCUUUUAGUGAGUAUGUUUCGAUAUCCCGAGAAGUUGAAACCUGGCCAUACGUGGGCCUUUGAGGGGCUACCCAAAAGGGCCCACGGAGCCCUCAAGCCAAAGGGUGGCCCGCCGAGAGAAGCGUGGGGGAUCUACUUGACAGAAGGCUGGAAUAAGUCCAAAAUGUGGUUUAUCGUCGGCCUCGUGGUCUUUCUUCCAAGUUUGUCGUUUGCAAUAUUCUGGGCGGUCUUCAAGGGUGAUUUCGAGGGAGCUUUUUCAGUAGCCGGGUGGUGGGUCGCAGGAGCAGCUCUUGUCGUCAGCAUUAUGUAAUGACGACAAG